GUUUUAAAUUAGAGUUUUUAGCUGUUCAGCUCCAUUCACCUCCGUUCAUUGAGGGCUCACUCGCGGGCUCCCUCUAGCGUUCAGCAGUUAUUUUCUGAUAUACCGGGGGAGACAGGGAGUGGGCGGGCUCUCCAUAACCCGGCUGUAGCUGAUCUUCGGGGGUCUACAGCUGGAGUGUUUUUGGAGCUUUGUUCUCCCACACCGCUGGAGGAACAGGAUCAGCUGAACUACAGAAGGUAUGGAGAAGUUCCUCUCUUCAACACGCUGUUCUACAUUUACUCCUAGACCCACAGAAACACAUCAACAUCAAAAGCUGCAGCAUUUAAACAGCACAGACGCAGCUUCAUCCAGGAUCCGGCUGAGGAUCUUUUCCUAGGUUGUAAGGAGCAGUAAAGCCACUCUACAGGAGUUUCAGUAAAGUUUCUUCACCACAGAGGCUGGGGCAACAUUAGCAUUAGCUGCUAACUGCACUAAGUGCUAGCUCUUUCCCCGUUCAGAGCAGAGGCCUGCUGACAGCCUACUGCAGAAAGAACUACAACUUCAUAUUAUAAUGCCUAUGGGUAGCAUUUAGAGUGGGAUACAAGUGCAGUAGCCUUUAUGAAAAAUGAAGCCAAUUCCGGGCAAGGAUGAAUUUCACCACUCUGGGAGUGACCUUAAAAUACACCAACACGUUCACGCAGGAGAGAAACCGUAUCACUGCUCAGAGUGUGGGAAGAGUUUUAUUCAACUGGAAAAUCUUAAAAGACACCAGCGCAUUCACACUGGAGAGAAACCGUAUCACUGUUCAGACUGUGGGAGCAGUUUUACUCAACAGGGUGAUUUCAAAAGACACCAGCGCAUUCACACUGGAGAGAAACCGUAUCACUGUUCAGACUGUGGGAGCAGUUUUACUCAACAGGGUGAUUUCAAAAGACACCAGCGCAUUCACACCGGAGAGAAACCGUAUCACUGCUCAGAGUGUAGGAGCAGUUUUACUACACAGAGUCAUCUCAAAAGACACCAGCGUAUUCACACAGGAGAGAAACCGUAUCACUGCUCAGACUGUGGAAAGAGUUUUACUCAACAGAGUAAUCUCAUAAUACAUCAGCGCAUUCACACAGGAGAGAAACCGUAUCACUGCUCAGACUGUGCAAAGAGGUUUAAUCAACUGCGUCAUCUCAGACAACACCAGCGCAUUCACACGGGAGAGAAACCAUAUCACUGCUCAGAAUGUGGGAAGAGUUUUAUUCAACAAUGUUCUCUUAAAAUCCACCAACGCAUUCACACGGGAGAGAAACCAUAUUACUGCUCAGACUGUGGAAAGAAUUUUAUUCAACACAGUUCUCUCAAAAUACACCAGCGCAUUCACACAGGAGAGAAACCGUAUCACUGCUCAGACUGUGCGAGCAGUUUUAUUCAACUGAGUUCUCUCAAACUACAUCAGCGCUUUCACACAGGGGUGAAACCGUAUCACUGCUCAGACUGCGGAAAGAGUUUUACUACACAGAGUAAUCUCAUAAUACAUCAGCGCAUUCACACUGGAGAGAAACCGUAUUAUUGCUCAGAGUGUGGAAACAGUUUUACUCAACAGGGUGAUUUCAAAAGACACCAGCGCAUUCACACAGGAUAGAAACUGUAUCACUGCUCAGACUGUGGGAAGAGCUUCAGAGGUUAUAGAUGUUCUUCUGAAGGCUGUUAUUAAGACUCUUUUGCUGUUUGGGGAAGAACUGAGAAUAUACUUGUACUGAACUCAGUCUGAAGAGUAUGUAUAAACUAUGAAUCCUCAAUCGGUCUGUGACAUGCUCCUUGUACCGUCUCUUGGAGUAUAUAUGAAAUCUUUAUAUAAUAAAGUGUGAAAUAGAAA